CGGAGCGGCGGGCACCGGGUCGUCAGGCAUGACAGCGGGCAUCGGGUCACCAGGCAUCAGCGGGCAUCGGGUCACCAGGCAUCAAGUCAUUUGGCUCGACAGCGGGCACCGCGUCAUCUGGCAAGGCAGUGGGCACCGAGUCACCAGGCACGACAGUGGGUUCCGAGUCAACUGGCAUGACCGCGGGCACUGGGUCAGACAUUGGAUCGUCUGGCUCGACAGCGGGCAUCGGGUCACCAGGCAU